CUUGAGGGAAAGUAAGGAUGACCAACAGUUCUACCUUCUGCCCAGUUUACAGAGACCUGGAGCCGUUCACAUAUUUUUUUUAUUUAGUUUUCCUUGUUGGAAUUAUUGGAAGUUGUUUUGCAGCCUGGGCUUUCAUACAGAAAAACACAAAUCACAGGUGUGUAAGCAUAUACUUAAUUAAUUUGCUUACAGCCGACUUCCUGCUUACUCUGGCACUACCAGUAAAAAUCACUGUCGACUUGGGCGUGGCCCCCUGGAAGCUGAGGAUAUUCCACUGCCAAGUAACAGCCUGCCUCAUCUACAUUAAUAUGUACUUAUCAAUUAUCUUCCUAGCAUUUGUUAGCAUUGAUCGCUGUCUUCAGUUGACAUACAGCUGCAAGAUUUAUCGAAUACAAGAACCUGGAUUUGCCAAAAUGAUAUCGACUGUUGUAUGGUUGAUGGUCCUUCUUAUAAUGCUGCCGAACAUGGUAAUUCCCAUCAAAGAUGUGAAGGAAAAGCCCAACGUGGGUUGCGUGGAAUUCAAACAGGAGUUUGGAAGAAACUGGCAUUUGAUGACAAAUUUCAUAUGCAUCGCAAUAUUCUUCAAUUUCUCAGCCAUCAUCUUAAUAUCUAACUGCCUUGUCAUUCGACAACUCUACAGAAACAAAGACCAUGAAAACUAUCCAAAUGUGAAAAGAGCUCUCAUCAAUAUACUUUUGGUGACUACAGGCUACAUCAUAUGCUUUGUUCCUUAUCACAUUGUCCGAAUCCCAUACACCCUCAGCCAGACAGAGGUCAUAUCUGACUGCUCCACCAGGAUUUCACUUUUCAAAGCCAAGGAGGCCACGCUGCUGCUGGCUGUGUCCAACCUGUGUUUUGAUCCGAUCCUGUACUAUCACCUCUCAAAAGCUUUCCGCUUAAAGGUCACGGAGACGUUUGCUUCACGUAAGGAGACCAAGGCUCAGAAAGAAAAAUCAAGUGGUGAAAACAAUGCAUAAAAUAUGGGAUUUUCUCACGCUAUCUCUUCCUGCCUUACUGGACAACUGAGUGUACAAAACUGCUGGGAAGGAGGGGAAAAAAGAGCCUCCAUGAGUAAAAACACAGGCAGCUAGCGAAUGUGGCUUGGUUCACUGAGAAACCCUGUUUCUAAACGCAAGCCAAGCAGUACUCUCGUGGUUGUCGAUGCUCCUUAACCCAAACGUUUGUACAAAAAACUAAAACCUCUUGUUGCGCCGACAUAAACCCUGCAGUAUCCUUGAAAUCUAAAUGAGCUCUAUGACACAGACUGAAGUAUUCAUGAGGUAUUCAUUUAAAGGCCUGGAACUGA